AUGCAGCUUGCAGGUCUGUUCUUGGCUCUCGUCUGCCUUGGGUCAUGUUAUGAGCUCUUGAGUGCAGAAAACCAUACAGCGGUCGAGAUUGUUCAGGUGCCAGAGCUGCCAACAUGCUCUUUACCCUGUUUUCACGUCGCCCUUGGGGACAUCAAAUGUCCCCACGGCAACACUACUUGCGCCUGUGGGAAUUUGGACAUGCAGAUAUCUAUACAGGCCUGCUCAAGGUCAUUGUGUAGCAUUUACGAUUCCUUAGAAACGCACAAGUAUCUCGACAAUGUCUGUGGCCAGCCUGAUCGCGACCAAGGGACACCCAUCCGAGUACUUUGCUGGCUUGGCUUGUUCCUAACCACUGUUUCUGUGGUUGUGCGUGUCUCGUGCAAGAUAUUCGACGCAUUUUCAUCAGGGUUGAGAAUACGACCGACUGUGUCCUCGUUGACUCUGGACGACCUUUUCCUUGUCAUGACCUACGUUGCGAGCGUUCCCGUCUACGUUAUUGUCGGCUACGUACUUGUUGAUGCUGGUCUCGGACGAGAUGUUUGGACGCUCGAAACGAAUAGGAUUGACAGCAUCGGCUACUGGAUCUACGUUUUCGAGCCUCUCUACAUUCUGAUCAUGACCUUGCUCAAAACCUCUUUUUUGCUCUUCUUCCUUCGGAUAUUCUGCCGCGAUCCAUCAGAGCGGACGUGUAUCCGUGGUCUUUUGAACCUGCGACUCGCGUUAUGGAGCACAGUGAUCUUCAACGCGGCUUGCGGAUUUUGCUUCAUACUGACGCUGAUAUUCCAAUGCAAUCCCAUCAGUUACACUUGGACUCGAUGGCCUGGUGACGGAGACCACAGCGACGGAAGUUGUAUCAACAUCAAGGCAGUCGUAUGGGUCAAUGGUGCCCUUAGCGUUAUUCUAAACGCCUGGAUGCUUUACUUGCCUCUCUCGCAGUUACACGGAAUGAACCUGCCCCGGAGGAAGCAGAUUAUCAUCGGCGUCAUGUUUGGUCUGGGAGCUUUUGUAUCCGUUGUUAGUGUAUUGCGUCUACAAGGUCUGAACAACUACGGCUACUCGGUGGUUGACCCGACUUGGGACUACUACCCAAGCGUAAUCUGGUCGGUGUUGGAGUUUACUGUCGGCAUUCUAUGCGCAUGUUUAUCGGCUGCUCGAGGGGUUCUGCUGCGCUCAACAACACACGGAUCACGACUGUUCUCCGACAAUCCUGCCACGUCUUCCAACACCAGAGCAUCGAAGCUAGCUCAUCUGAACAGAGUCAGUUUUCAUAACAGGCGCAAAAGUCAUCAUCAACAAGCAAGCGCAGACGCGACAGGGACAUACGAUAAGGGGUAUCAAAGUGGAAGCUCCAGGUUGGCUUUUACAUCUGACCCAAUCGGAAUGGAGCAAUUCCCUGAAAUAACCGAUAUCGAGAGCAGACCUGUGUUGCUAAGGAGAGAUUCCAGCUACAGAGACAUGACUGAGCCGGCACCCGUCAGCGAAGCGCUCAAGGAUAUAAUAAGAGAAACGACAAGGACUAGUCUCGAACUCAGCCCGAUGAGAGAGGAGUUUAUAGAGGCCCUGAGAGUAGAGGAUUCAGUAGCCCCUAACGCCGACAACGGCCCAACGGCGCGGAAGGGCACUGAAAAUACAGCAGCGGCCGGUGGCCGUCGCACGUCGGUCUCGACCAAGAAGCGUCGAAUCACACCCGACUUCUUUUUUGUGCCAGCCCUUACGGGCGGAGUCGGAAGCUCAUGGAGGACGAGCAUGGCUAUCAAUAACACAAAACGAGGCCGUGCAAUGUCGUCACCUCGGUCCCCGCCCCGUAGCUUGUUUCACACUUCCGAUUGGAGCCAGCCGAUUUCGUCGUCGGUGACGGAGUUGGCCUCACCCUCACUGAACCAAACGAAACGGGAGCGGAAUGGUUCGGUGGCAUCAUCAAUACAGAAGCCCAACUGA